AACCUACCGAUGACCUACCCCCUGGGCGUGUCCGAAAACACCCCCCUGCGGAAAACCCUCUACACCGUGCUCUUCAAUGACCUUGACUCCGGGGACACGCACACCAUACACGCCAACUUUAGCGAGAAAUGGGCCACCAGCUACUUCCAUCUCAAUGAAACUUCCGGCGUUCUCACUACCGCCUUCAACGUUCUCGACUACGAAAAGGUGAUAGGAAACUCGUGGAGCUCGAGUUUCAAUGUCGCCGUGCAGGUCAACGACGGGAUGGACUGGUCGGACGCCGUGCUGUCUGUUGUGAUCCUGAACGUCAACGAGCCGCCGUCGUUCCACGAGACCAAAUACAAGAUGACGCCGGCGGAACAAGGCGAUAAAGGUAGUGGCGCCAGUACUUGGGGUCGCUGGAUGGAUAAGACAAAGGACAUUGAAGAUCAAGAUUUACUUGUAUCGGCUCUAAGCGAGGCACACACAUUCACGUGGGAUUGCGGGGAAUCCACGCGGUUUUUCCUCAUGGACCGCACCACCGGUGACGUCACAUUCUCCGCCAACUUCGACUAUGACACGGCUAACUUGACGACGCCCUUCACUUGUACAGUGAAGGUCAAGGACAAGGCUGGAAUGACCGCUACCACUAUGUUGGAAGUGCUCAUCGAUGACGCUAAUGACAACGCGCCGGUGUUCGCACAGACGACCGCCUACUACAUUUUCCAGGUGCCGGAUCUGGCGGCCGGCCGGUUUGUCGGUCAGGUGACUGCUGCUGACAGCGACAGGUCGACCCAAUACAGCAACAUCUACUACAGCUUUCUUGUAAACCCGUUCUCAAAAGGCUUCAUGGUUAUUAACGAUUUCGGAAAUAUUUACGUUAACGAGACGUGGAAGAAACCUCUGUUCGCGUAUGGAGUUUCGUACGAUCUCGUGGUGCUCGCCGAGAACGUGGCAGACCAUACUGGAACGCGCCACACGUCGACGGCAUCCGUGACGGUGUUCAUUUCCGGGACGUCAACGACCACCACGACGACCACCGAUCGGCCAGCGGAGUUUCUCGAAGAUACCCGGAGCGUUUCGUGGAUUUCCGUGCUGUCUGCACUCGGCGGGACGCUGUUACUGGUGGUCGUUGUACUCACUAUGGCGUAUACGGUGCAGGUCAAGCGAUACCGCUGGUGUAUACCCUGGUGCCGGAAGAAGCUGCUGGGGCUCGGCAAAAUGACAAGAAAGGAGAAGCGCCGGUACUACCGCGCUAUCUUGCGCGCCGAGGCCGGCAUUGAGGAAGGCGACGAAGAAGUGGCUCGCAUCACCCUCGGGGAGCCGGAACCAACCCAGGUGCAGUCCCCGGCGCCCCCCAUGAUGUGGGAUAAGCGGCAACCCCAGACGGGUCCCACCGUCCGGAAGUCAGACCCCGUGCUCGACUUCAAGGAGCCCAAGCCACCGCUGAAACCAAAUCCAUCGAAGAUGAUGACAGGUCGCACUGGACCCAAGAUAUGGACGUAAACACUUACUGCGUUGAUCGAUGUUUCCUCCAUUUCUUAAUGCCUUCUGAGAUAUGUUUCUUCGCGGAAUGCCAGCUGUUUUUAUAUUUACUAAUGAAAAUAUGAUGACAUCGACAUAGCAUAUCAGAAACCAUUUAAUUGCAAUUGUGAUUCAAUUUUGGGCUUAAGGUUGUCUCAAUAAAUUGUAUUUUGAAUGGCAUCAUUAGUUUUUAUGGACACAUUUCAAAUAGGAUUUGAACAAGAGUCUACAGAAAUCUUGCUGUUCAAUUAGAAUCAAUAGUGCGGUACUUGGUCAACUUUAAAAAAAAUUAUUAAUACAAUUAAGUGAUCGUUUACUAAGUAUUUCUGCAAACACAUACCGUCCUUGCAUGUUUCGUCAAUAUACCCAUUGGAAAUGAUGCACGUCAAAUUAAUAACAUUAAAUGGAUGUGUUAUGUUUCGCUAGUUUCAUUAGUUGUCAUUUAUGAUUUGUUAACAACAGUUGAACACACUUUUAGAGGUUGUGUUUUCUGGUUUAACUGAAGAAUUAAAUUGAUAUGUCGUUUCGCUAUGAUUUGAAAUGUAUAUUUUUAGUGUUAAAAGUCAUUCUAGCACAUUAAAUAAAACAAGACCCGCCAGCAUUAGUGUAA